AUGUACUUCAAGACUACUGGUUAUGUUAUUCCAGACAAGAGCGGUAAGAAGAAGGCGUAUGCCCCGGAGCUACUGGCGUUCGUCGGUCGCUACGUAAAAACUAUCUUUGCCUUUACUUUGAAGAGCUUCGGAUUGAGCUCCCUCCGCGAUUUCGGCCCGGUUCCACAGGCUGUAAGCAAUCAAGUAUCCUGUGGAUUUUGA